GUUAUACACAAGUGUAUGUAUAUAGAUCUAUAUGUGUACUAUUAUUAUAUACAAAAACAGCUAAGAGUCCACACACGGACCAUGGAUGAUGAGGAACGUCUUGAAGGUGAGGAGGAAAUGGAACUCGAUGAUGCAUCUGAUGGUGAUGAUGAUGACGAGGAGACGUCGGGAAUUUCUGUAUCACCAGCAAACAUGAACAUGGAUCCAUUUAUUGGAGCAUCAUCCACUCCAGGAAAUGGAUUAAUGAUUUCAGUUACUCCUGAUGAAGCCUUUCAUAACCCACUGCGCUAUCAAAAGUUUCCAUUUCCUGGUGGGAAACCUCUGACAAACAUCAGGAGAGGUCCUGGUAGACCGAGAAAAGAAAGACCUCUUGGGUCCAUGCGUGGUGGGGGUUCUCGUCGACAUUUUAGUAGAGGUUCAACUAGAGGCAAAGGGUUGGGUUAUUCCAGGGGAACGCUUCGUAGAACAAAAAGUAAAGACGAUGAUACUCAUUCAGAGUCACAGAGUCCUUUGCGACUUACUGAUGAUUCUGGUAUGGAUGGUGAGUCUUCAGGAGUCGGAAUGAUGCCGGCACCUGAAGAGCCUCCGUAUUUCCCAGAGCAAUGGCCGAGGAAAGUAUGUGCAUUUUGCAAUUUAGGAGAAAGAAGUCAACUAGGCCAGGGCGAAUUGGUUCGAUUGUCUUGUCCUGAAGAUUUCACCCCUGAGAAUGCAGUUAACCACGUUGAAACAACAGACCUUAUGGACGUGUCUUCCACCGGUGAUAAAAGCCCUCGCGGGUUAAUGGGAGGCGGCGCAGUAACUUGUCGUCGUCAAAAGAGCCUAGCUAAAUGCAGAAAUCCUAGUCUUACUAAUUUUACAGAACCAGUUGAAGAGCUGUCAAUAGUUGGUUACUCCGACAAGCCCGAGUUAACAGCACUGUUUGAGUCAACAGGUUACUAUUAUGUUCACACUUUUUGCGCAAUGUGGUCAAUUCAAAAUCGAGAAUUGAUAACUGAGCGUAUAAGCCCGAUAUUAGUACAAUCAUCAUUACGCCGAUGCGCUUAUUGCGCUCAUUAUGGAGCAAGUAUUCCAUGCAGAGUACAAACGUGCAAUCGUACAUUUCACUUGCCCUGUGCUGCAGCCUCGGGUUGCUUUCAAGAUAUGAAAAUCUUCAAGCUAUUCUGUAACCAACAUCUUGGGCAAGUGUCUAUUUUACUAGAAAACAGCGACGCUAUUUGUGUUUCUUGUUUUAAAAUGGACGAUAUCGCUAGCUUGGUUAUGUGUUCAGUUUGUGGCUCUCAUUAUCACGGUCAUUGUUUAGGAAUCACGAUAAACCCGAGUGUAAGAGCUGGCUGGCAAUGCACUGUAUGCCGUGUGUGUCAAGUGUGUCGUCAGUCAGAAACAGAGAUGUCUAAAUUUAUGGGAUGUGAGCAUUGCCAUAAGGCGUAUCAUCCUGGCUGUUUACGUCCUGUUGUUACUUCUGUGCCUCGAUGUGGUUGGAAAUGCAAGUGUUGUCGUGUGUGUACUGAUUGUGGUUCUCGUACACCUGGUGCUGGUUUGUCCUCACGUUGGCACAGUCAUUACACUGUUUGCGACUCAUGUUAUCAGCAACGUAAUAAAGGUUAUUCAUGUCCGCUUUGCAACAAAGCCUAUCGUGCUGCUGGUUAUAGAGAAAUGGUACAGUGUACUGUUUGCAAAAGAUUCGUACACAGUGGUUGUGACGGCGAGGCUGACCCAGUGACUUACCAACAUCGCAAAGACACUAAACCAGACUACGAGUACGUUUGUUUGGCUUGCAAGGGUAUGGCGAUAGUCAAACGAAAAGAUUAUGAUGAAUUGUAUACAGGAGAUUCAAGCUUGACCGCAUCUCAAGAAAGUUUAUAUGGAGAUGGUGAUUCAUCAGAAUUUGAUUAUCAGGGUGGUGACGAGGCUCAUUUUUCAAUAGGCCUUGGAAAGGGAAAACCAUUUUGUGCGUCGAAGGUCGCUAAAAAACGAUUGAGCUUGCAGGGUGUUAUCGGCCGGCCGAAAGGUGUUGGCAAAUUUGGCUAUCAAAAGCGCCAAAAAAUGAAUGAAUUUGGUCGCAAACGCGGCCCUAAAGCCAAAAUGCGGGGAAUAUUUGGAGCACCGGGUGUCGGUCUUCAACGUCCAAUUUCAGACUCUUUUAACAAAGAAGAAGAACCCGGUGUUGAAAAUAGGCUUGUUUUGUGUUCAGCUAAAGAUAAAUUUGUAUUAACUCAAGAUAUUUGUGUUAUGUGUGGUGCAAUUGGUACUGACACUGAGGGAUGUUUAAUUGCUUGUGCCCAGUGCGGUCAAUGUUAUCACCCUUACUGUGUUAACGUUAAAGUUACUAAAGUAAUAUUACAACGCGGGUGGCGUUGUUUAGACUGUACUGUAUGUGAAAAAUGCGGUCUAAGAGACCGUGAAGAUAAACUUAUAUUAUGUGAUGAUUGUGACAUAAGUUAUCAUACGGAUUGUCUGGAUCCGCCAAUGGAAAAUGUGCCUUACGGUACAUGGAAAUGUAAAUCGUGUGCCGUUUGUCAAAUGUGCGGCUCCGGAGAUCCUGGGUUUAAUAGUAUUUGGCAGAAAAAUUUCACCCAAUGUGGACCAUGCGCGUCUCAUUCAUCUUGUGCCUCAUGCCAGGAAACUUACACCGAGGGAGAUUUAAUAAUACAGUGUGUAGUAUGUUCUAGGUGGCUUCACUGUUCUUGCGAUCACAUAAUGACAGAAACAGACGCUGAAAAGUGUGCUCAAGCCGGUUAUCACUGUAUUAUUUGUCGUCCUCGUGAUGAACCACCGCCUCAUCAAUUGUGCAAUCAACCUAAAUUACAGCCAAAUAAAUACCAUCCAAGAUUAUCACCGCCAAUAGUUCGCAGUCCAGAGCACUAUAAAUCACCAAUGUGUCAUCUGAUUGACGGCGUUUAUUUAUCUGAAAUUGGAAUGCAUCACAUUAAAUCACUUACUAUAGAACAUCAACAGACACGUAAAAAACGGCGAAAAGUACUGCCGGUAUUGGACAAAGAUGCUGAUAUUAUGGCGACAAUUGAUUCUGUUGUUGCUGGUAAUAGUCUUGACAAUUCUUUGGAGGAUAAUCGAGAUUCUAAAAUGGAAAUGAUUGAUAUAAAAGAGGAACCCGGUGAAAUAUUAAAAGACGGCAUGCCUUGGACACUGCGUGAUCAACCACCUCCAGAAGGUUACACUGUCUGCACUUCUGAGAAUGGUGUACCUAUUUUAAAGCGUAAACGUCAGCGUAAUUUACAAAAAUUAGGCAUCGGGGGUUUUGUACCACGUAAUCGCGGGACACGUAAAGAUAAAGAUGAGGAAUGUGAAACAGAUAAACAGCUUGCUGGAGACAACAAACAAUCAUUAUCGAUUAAUGGUGUUGGUGUUGGUGUUGGUGUUAAUAUCGGUGUCAGUAGUGGCAGUAUUGACGGGAAACCGCGUAAAAAAACACUCCGCAAAAAACCAAAGACUAAACUGUCGGAAUCGUUUCCUCCUUAUUUGCAGGAGGCAUUUUUCGGCAAAAAUCUUAUGGAUCUCACCAAAGACAAAGACUUGAAGAGCAGCAGUGAUUCGGAUAGUGAAAAAAAUACAUCCGGUAAUACUGAUACUAUUCAAUUGUCUCAAGAUGAGAUCAAGGCUAUUGAACAAGUUAAUAAUCAAGCUAAUAAAUAUGAUAAUAAUAGUAAUGAUAGAAAUGAUAUUAAUAAUGAGGAACAAAAGUUACCGAUAAAUAAUAAUAGUAAUAGUAAUAAUAUUACUAAUACUAGUAAUAAUAAUAUUAAUAAUAGUAAUAAUAAUAUCAAUAAUAAUAAUAGUAGUAGUAGUAAUAGUAAUAGUAGUGGUAGUAAUACAGUAGCAACAGCUGCUGCAGGAACUAAACAAAAUAUUAUUAAACGUGAGGACGAUGGUAAUAGCCGUAGUAUUGAUGAUGACAAUGCCAGUGAUACUGAUGCGUUAGGUGAUAUACUGCCUAUAUCGUCUGAUUUUGUUGAUAAUGAAUUAGUUAAUACGAUAAUGAAUGAGCCAGAUGAGGAACUCGUUAAAGCAAGUGUUGCGCUAAAUGAACUGGAAGACCCACCAGGUCCUAGUGAAUUUAAUGAUAUACUUGGCAGUCCGCAUUUUAAUUUAGUCGAGUCUAUGGUACCAGAUGAUACAAAUUUGCCUAAUAUGGCAAGCAAAGAUGUCGAGGAUAUGCUAAAAAGUGUAUUGACCGACGAAUCUCAAGAGUCACAAGAGUCAUCAGUCUUUCCACUGCAAAAUCAAACAGCUCAUACGCCUUCGACACCAACACCACUGGUAUCGCUCUCACCACAUCCUGGUAUGCAAACUGGUUUACCACUUGCAAGACCUCAAGUACCACCUGUAUCACUCCCAACUGUUGGACAAACUACCUUAAAUUCACCGUUGAGUUUUCCACCACCAUCACCUUAUCACUCUGAAUACAGCAAUAGCCCUCAAUUUAGUCCAGCAUUUUCUGAGCCACCUAGCCCAUGGGUCAAUCCUGAAGAAGAAGGUCCCAGUUGUUCAAUAAACACGUCUAUCUCUAACAAUCAGCGUAAUAACAGUCAAAAGCUUGAAAAAGAUGAAUUACUGGGUCCCAAUGCUACAAGCUCAGCUAUACUUUAUGCAAAUCUCAAUCAUCCAGAUUGGAAAAUUGAAUUUCCAGUUUGGAAUGAACGGUUGAAACAAAUACUGAAAAAAUGGCGAUCUUUGCCAAAUGAAACAAGACAGCCUUACUUGUCACAAGCUCGUGACAACAGAGCGACUAAUCGUAUGAGAAAAACGCAACAGAUACCAAGCACGAUCCCAGUCACUGCAACAAGCUCACCCACCAACACCAACACCACCAAACCCGUCACCACAACGAUGGCUGCUGGGCAAGUGUCUCCAGUAGUACCAAUGGGUACUGGUCAGAACCAAAUAGGUCUUUUGUCAUCUGUAAUAAAUCAUGACAACUCCCAGCAAGACAAGCCAUCAACAUCAUCAUCAGUGUCAGUAGGAGUUAUAUCAGCCGGACCUUCCUCAGUUUUGUCAACAAACGUCACGGGUGGAAUCAUCGUAGCAACAUCGUCAACAUCCACAGCAGUAUCAGGAUCAAGUACAUCCACUGCUGUGGUAGUUGGUCAUCUAGCGGAGGUGUGUGCGGUACAGGGACAGGGCCCGAUGUCAAGACAGCUAACAUCUACCUCACCCAGUCCAUCCCCCACCUCAACCAGCUCUUCCUCAUCACCACGACCCAGCUCUGUCAAUUCAAUUAAUAAUUAUAUUAGCAAUUUAUCGCACCAAGAGUCCAAUAACUCUUCAGCAAAAUGUUUGCCACAGUCGCCUGCCACCACGGCUACUAUUUGCACGACACCGGCUGUCUCUUUCUGCAAUACGAUCAUCACCGAGGGACAACUUUCUUCAGCGAAUUUGCACCAGCAACAACUACGCCCGGUGUCUACAGCUCAUACUACUACUACUAUUAAUAAUAAUAGUAGUAAUAAUAAUAACAACAAUAAUAAUAGUAGUAGUAGUGGUGGUAGUAGUAACAACAGCAACAUUACUAAUAGCAAUAAUAUUACUACUAUUGUUAAUAGUCCAAGUGUUGUUGUUUCUCAGUCCCCCAGUGGAACUGCAGGUGCAAUCGUGGUGGCUGGCACUGUUCGACAAUUAUCCUCGGUAGAUCAUCAGAUUAGAGUACUCACCCCGUCUGAAAUAAUGCGCACCCUCCCUUCCCUCAGCCAGGAGCACUACGAUCCGCCACCCACUGCAAUUAUUCACACUGUACCUGUACAGACCCCGGUCAUGGAGCAAGAUCGACUUGCUAAUCGAGAUCGUACAACUAAAGAGGCCGAACAAGAACGUGCUUGGAAGCAAUUGCAACAAUAUAGACAGCAGCAGCAUCAACUUCAACAGCAAGUUAUUCAUGAUCAACGUUUAACCGCAAUGGCAAGAGUACAGCGACAAAUUAGCGAUGAUGGAGUUCAACUAAAUACAGACAAUAAUACAGGAUUGACAACGCAAUUACAAGUAUCAACUGCUCAGGACGUAAAUCAUCUUGGACCAAUGGCGUCUCCAUCACCGGGGUCUCGAGCGACAUUUGCCACCCCACCGAUGAAAGUUAUUCGUGGCAGCGCACCUCAGAGUCCACAUCAAGUGAUGCCGAGAUUACCAAACCAACAGUGUGUCCCAUCAGCGCGUCCAGUUUCGGUAGCAGUACGUCCAGGGUUGGCGACAAAUUUCCCGCAGCCUCCGUCACCAUUUUCCCCUCAAGCACCGCAGUCACCCCACGACUACCCACAAUCUCCAGCGUCAAGUCACGUUGCAGUUUCAGCAGGAGGGCCCGAACAUUUCCAACGAUUUGAGAAUCCAGCAGAAGCAUUUACUUCAGCAGGCAACCAGACACCUCGUCCGCUUAUGCCAGGUACUCCUACUUAUGCGACAUCGCCUCGCAACGACGUAUUUUCCCAGUCUCCAGGCACCCCGCGUGCCCUCUUUAAUCCCCCUACUCCCCGUUCUUCCACCCACGUGUAUGCUCCAUCACGUACUCCCGAUCCUUAUAGCAAUCAACCUCCUACACCUUCCCCGGCGCCGAGUUAUCCCUCACCACGGCCUGAACUGCGUCAGCAAGAGGUAGUCCUGCCCACCUCCGAAGUUUUCAACCAACAGUCUGAGGUUAAUCAGCAGCUGAGGGACUUACUCCAGCGGUCUCAAUUUCGUAAAAAAACUGAUGGCAUGCCUGGAAACACCUGGACUCCAGAUACAAAUCCAGCUGCUGCUGAUGUACAGCAGCAACAGCAACAACAGCAUCAGCAGCAACAGCAACAGCAGCAACAACAACAACAGCAACAAUUUGAACCUACUCAUGUACAAAUUCCUCAGCAUGCACAGCCUGCUAAUAAUGUUGAGGGUACUUUUAGGCAUCCUUUACCUCCGGGUAUUAGGCCGCGAAUGCCUAUUCAAUUAAAUGUAUUUAUAAGAAAUACUCCUGAUGCUAGAUUACAAAGUAUAGAUCCACGUACAAGAAUGCUUCUACAGCGACCACAAGUGCCUGGUGGAAUUCCUCAACAACAUUUUCAAGCGCCACCUCAGCAGCAGCAACAACAAGUACUUCAACAGCGAAUGACAGCUCCUAGAAAUCCACAAGAGCAGUAUGAUAUUCUUCAACAGUCUCAACCUUCACAGCAACCCUCACCUCAGCAACAGCAACAACAACCAGGACAGCCACGAUUUCCCGAUCCCAGUCAUGUACACAAUCAGCAAAACAUGGUACAGCGUGUAAUAAGAACUGGACAGGAUAUGAGCGCUAGUGUAAGAAUGAUGAACGCUCAAACGAUAUCCCGACCAGGUUUAAUGCAAACGACUGUCAAUGACAACACUGGUACGUCGUCUGAGGCAUCGGAAAUUCCUGAUAACGUCACUGCAGAACUGGAAAAACUCGAACAAGAAGGAGCUCCUAUGGUAGAGGUCGAGGGCGUUGGUGCAAUAUUAGGGGACUUGGCUGAUGAUGAUGAUGAGCUUCUAGCUGAAAUGGGAGCAGAUUUUAAUAUUCUCGAGUAUGCAGAUCCCGAAUUGGGUAAUAUAACAGGUGGAGAAAAGACAAAUAUUCUUGAUAUGGAUUUAGAGCAAGUUGAAGUAGAGACUAAGGAAGAAAAACAGAAGAAAGAAAAAGAGGAAGAACAAAAAUCUGAAGUUUUAACAGUAAAUGCAACAGCACAUUCAGAUAUUGCUAACGAGUCAUCUAAUACAGGCGUAUCGACACCCGUUGAACCGACGAUGGUUCCCAAUGUCACUCCUGCUGCUACAGCAGCGACUAUGCCGAUUUCUGCGGCAUCCCAGCCCCAAGGUUCGAUCAUCCAGCAACAGCAGCAGCAACCCGGAACAAUAAUAGCGCCAAAUCAUGCGCAAGCGAUGGCUGUUCAGCAACAGAUGCAUCAACAAGUUCAACAAGCCGCUGCUAUGGGUCGUCCUAUGCCUCCGGGAACACGGUUACUAUCUGCCGAAGGUGUCAUUGGAGUUGUUACAUCAAGUAACACUGUUACGAUAAGUUAUCCAUCAACUUUUCCCGGACAUCCUCAACGAAUUCUUCAAUCGCAUAUGCAACUCCAACAGCAACAGUCUCAGCAGCCACAACAGAAACAACCUCAACAGCAACAACAGCAACCACAACAACAACAACAACAACAACAACAAUCACCUCAACAGCAGCAACAACAGCAGUUGCAGCAGCAACAACAACAACAAUCACAACAGCAGCCUCAGCAGCAACAACAGCAGCCACAACCUCAACAGCAACCACAAAGAUUAGGAAUAAGAGUUGCUGGAGUUCAAGGCAUACCCGGACGAGUUGUUUCCGUGGGACACAUGAUUGGUCCUCGUAUGCCCUUGGCACCGCCACCGCCACCUCCACCGCCGUAUCCUGGACCACCGCCUCCUUAUCCAGGGCCUGUACAGAUGGGGCUGUGCCCAGGUGGACGGGGUGUUAUGCCGCCGCGAGCCCCAGUUCAUAUUGGGCACCAAGUGCCUGGUGUUGUUCCGGGUCCACCGAUGGCCCCAAUUGUUCACACGGGUGCAACUCCUCCUUCAAUAACGCCGCAUCCACAUCGAAGACCCUUGCUUCUCCAGUCAUGUUCACAGGAGCAACCGUUGCUGUUGGAGGAUCUAUUGGAGCAGGAAAAGCGGGAGCAAGAAAAACAACAGCAGCAACAACAACAGCAACAGCAACAAGCCCAGCAGCAAGUUGACAGCACACCAACAACAGGCGCAUUAUUGAGUGAUAGUGAGUUUGAAAGACUAAGAGCUGAUGUUUUGGGGUCUUCUGCUCUGGGUUCGCCGCCUCAAGGAAUUGUUGUCAGUGGCUCAGCAACCAGUGGUCCUAUUAUCAGACCACCAUGUAAGCCGAGACCGCCAUCAACUCCUGGUACUCCUUGGCCUCAAGCUACUGACUCUGGUAAAAUUAUACAGCCUAGACAACCAAUUGCAACUCAAACACCUCCUGAAGCGAGAGUAGCGACGUUUAAUAUACCUCAAUUGCCAGCACCACCAGCUCCACCAGAAGUAAUAUCAAGUGAGCAAGAUCGUCAGGUACAACUCCAGUAUGAACUUUGGCUUCAUAACCAGCAACAAAUUUUACUGCAGCAACAAAAAUACUAUGAAACCGAAGUACAAAAAUUACGGAAGUCUCGUAAAGCAUUAAACAGCAGACAACGACAAUUGCGUAAAUCCGGGAAUGAGUUGACUGAAAUUGAUGCAGCUGAGCUGCAGCGAAUUUCCAGUGAACAGUCAAUCUUACAAAAACAGCUGGAUGCAAGCAGAAAACAAGUUCGUCAACAUGGUAUGUUAGCGCAAGAGUACAAAAGUAAACAACAGCAAAGACAAACUCAACCUCAAACAAGUGAACCGUGUUCACCAUUGAUGUCACCGUCCCAGCACUCUUCUCCGAUGCACAGUCCAGCUGGUCUAGUUUCUCACAGUCCUGGACCCGGCAGCGUACCCAGUAUGAUUCAACAUUCACCGGUUACCAUAAUUCAACACAGUCCAAACCCACCGCUGUUACAGCACAGCCCUGGUACUCAACAGCAGCAAAAUCCAGGAACAAUUUCUCCUCACAAUAUGCAGCAAUCACCUCGAAUAGGAACUCCACAUUCGCAAAACGAAGAGAGUCCUUUCAGUCCUGGUGCAAUGCCUUCUCCAGGUUUGUGUGGUCCAACACCUCGCAUGACUUCUCCCCAACAUCGUGCUGUGAUAAGUGGACGGCUUACCACUAGUCCCGGAGCUUUUCCACAAGAAGUUCGACAAAAUCAACAAAUAAUCAACGAACAGGGAAUAAGAUUGCAAAAUACACAUCAAAGAUUCGUCAGGCCUUCAGCAGUGAGUGAUAUUGGACAACGACCACGUAUGCAAAUGCAAGGAGGUAUUAUUUAUAAUCAACGCUCACCUUUGGGAAGUCCUCAGCCAACGCAACAGCCAAUGUUGACUCAACACCAACACCAACAAAUGUUGCAACGACAACAGAUGAUUCAACAACAGCAUGAAGUAGGUACUAUUAAUCAGGAGACUCAGAACACUAUCAAUCAACGUAAUUUGCAACUUGCACAGCGCCAACAGAUUUUGCAGCAACAGCAGCAAUUAGCUCAACAACAACAACAGCAGCAGCAACAACAACAACAGAGGCAACAAUUUUUGCAAAUGCAACAACAGCAACAACAGCAGCAAUUAAUGCAAAAACCCCCGAGUUCUCCGAUGAUGUCUCAGCCAGCGAAUUCACCUAGUCCUCAACUUCACCAACAAAUUCAACAAAAUUACGGACAGCCUCCAAGUUCGCCUAUGCCUCGUAGCCCAAUGAUUCCACAAACAAUGGGCUCACCAAUGUUGCAGCAGCAAUUGAGUCAAAAUUCUCAGCCUCCUAGUCCUAUGGGGUCAAGAAUUCAUCCACAGCCACCUUCACCGAUGGUCUCACAAUACCAGCCACCUAGUCCAAUGGCCAGAAGUCAUCCGUCAACUUCACCGAUGCUUCAACACCAGCUCAAUAAUCAGCAUCAUCCUCCACCACCGCCACAAACUCCAAGCUCACCUAUGCCACGAAGUCCUAUGGUACCAUCACCGAUGCAAAUGCAACGACGACAGUCCAGUGGGAACAGUCCCGCUAUGCCCGAUCGUCCUCAGAGCGUAGAAAAUCCUGGAACUCCUCGCACUCCACAUACUUACACUUACAAUGUACAAAAUUCAGGACAUGUUAAUAAUGAUCAACAGCAGCAGCAAAUCCAACAAAUAAAUCAAGAGCAAUCAAAUCAAUCAGAUUUAAAUCAAAAUCAAAAUCGCGGAGGAGGAAACCCACAUCAUCCUUUAACUCCAAUUCCCAUAAAAUCUAUUUUUGGACGGUAUGGAUAUUUUAAACCUGGUUUAAGAGGAGGCUCGCCUAUGUGGUCGACAAAGCCCGAGUGUAGUAAAGGAAAAACAGUAGAGCCUAGGAUUACAGCAGCGACCUCCAAUUUGAAUGAAGACAAACCAAAUACUUCUAGUGUAGUUCAUAGAAAAACAGGAAUUUCUCAGUCGAAGAUAAAUAGCCUGGUGCAUGCUGAUUAUAAUGAUUUUGACGAUGAUUCUCAUACUCCGCCACAAACUCCCCCAACAACAGAAACUAAAACAAAUACCACUUCAAGUCUCGCUGUUGAAAAAUCAGUAUCAUCUUCUCUCGCUAUCGGAAGUCCAGAUAAAUUAGAAACUAUGCCGGACACCACCGAUUACGAUGAUGAUAAAACAAUUGUCAAUGAAGAGGUUACUCUAAGCUCCACAGCUCAGAGAGACAGUGAUGAUACUGUUAUUGAAGAACUGGUUGACGUCUCACUGGGUCCUGUUGAUCCGGACGAAAUGCAAGAGUCUUUUUUUCUAUUCGAGCCUGUAGAUCUUUCCAAUGACAGCAAUGACAUUCUCAGCCAUGCUUUGGUGAACAACACCAAUCAAAACCAUGAGCUCGUUCAGAUUCUCCAAAUAGACCCUUCUCAAAACGACGAUUCUAUUCUCAGCGAUGAUGAGCUCGUACCUUCCAACAGAAACAAAAAAACCCUACGUUUGGAUAUCAUGCGCACUUUGCAGACCGGGAAGAGACUCGUUACAGUCACUGAUACUCCUGAAUCUCCGGAUCAGGAAGACAUGGCUGUUGAUCCAUCUCCUGUCGCUUCGCCUUUUAUAGACAAUCCUGAUGAUAUAAUGACCCUUGGAGAAAUUAGUGCUUCUGAAGUCGUGAUAAUUGAUCCUACCACUAAAUCUCCGGAAGAUCAUUUGAACAAAGAGUGUGAGGAAGAGACUGAAAAAAUUGACAGUACUUUUGAAGUCUUGCAACAACCAGAGCAACCCAAUAAAUCUGAGAGUAAUUCUGAUCAUUUAAAUGAUAAAAAAUCUUUUGAUUUGACGGAAAAAAUGUCACCUGUUUCUGUUCCUAAUUCUGUUUCUGAUCCGAUUAAUGACAAGGAUCAAGUUGAUGCUGGUGAUAAAACAAAAAUAGAAAAUUCUUCGACUUCAGAUGUGAUACUUGAAAGUAAUACUGUUUGUAAAACUACCAAAACUAUGUCUAAAUUAGUUACAACAACAAUUACAACAAUGACAACAUCAAUUACGACAGUAGCAGCAACAAGUACUAUUAAUUCGGUAACCACUGUCGCUAGCACAAAACAAGUUAUUAAUUUGAGUGAUAAUCAAAACCAAGUAUUGCCUUCUGUGAUUAGUAAUGUUGCUGAUAUUAAAGUAACGAGUGAAUCAAAUAGCCAAUCUUUAGAAAUUUCUAAUUCUAGUACGAGUCCCAUUAUUACAAAUACUUUAACUAGUUGUAGUAGUGGUAGUGGUAAUACUAAUACUAAUACUAAUUUAAAGACCAAAAUAAAUUCUAUUGAUACUGUUGAGCCUGAUUCAGUGGCGUCGAAAAUUUUGGCACAACUUACUGAUAAUAAAGACCGGUCAGAAAUAUGUUUCAGUGUCGCCAAUGAAAAUGUAUCUCUUUUUCCAGUUUCUAUUGAAAAUGAGGUUAGUUCUAAAUUGACUGUUGUCCCAUCAACUGCCGUUACAUUAAUGAAAACAAAAUCCAGUGAAGCUCCGAAAAAUAAUUUAAUUAAAAAUAAAGUUGAAGAUAAAAAAAUGGUUAAUAUUAAUGAAAAAUCUAAAGAAAAAAAUGAUAAUUUAUUGAAUUCUGUGAGUAAUAGUAAUAGCAAUGAAUCAUUGUUGUCAUCUUCGUCUUCUUCACCUGUAGAAGCUACAACAGAAGAAAAAAAAAGUGAUCCUCUUAACACGACAGAUGAAUUGGAGAGCAUGUUGGAAGCAAUUCAUAAUCCUGAUGAAAAUACCAGUGAUAGUAAAAAAAUAAUUUGUGAUAAUAAACCAGAUAUUUCAUCGUUCAAACGAAUGUCACCAGUCGCUGAUGAAAUGUCUCUGGUAAAUAUUCUAGAAAAUGAUUCCGAGUUGGUUAUUAAUGAACGCAAGGAAAAUAAAUUUCAAGAUACAGAUCAGGCUAAAGAACCAAGUGUUUUGCAUGAAAAAAGUUCUGUUGAUAAAUUCACGGACAAUAACGAAGUUGAAGAAUCUUCAGACGUUAUUUUAGAUAUGCUUCAUAAUAUAAUAUCAUCUAAACCGGAAAUGGCGAAUACAAAUAUUUUGGAAGAUCAACGCAAGUCCACGAGCAUGAUUUAUCAAAUGCCAAUGCCUUUGGACACAUUGCCGUACAAUAUUUUGCAAGACUCACUGAUGGAUUUUGAUCAACCUAUCCAAGACGAACAGGAGCCAGAAGAAAAGACUAAACAACCACCCAAGUCUCUGGAUGUCCCAGUUACUAAAACAACUCCAAUUACAUCUGUGACUUCAGCUUCAAUUCCAACUUCAGUUUCAACUCAAAUUUCUGCUCCAAUUCAAUCAACUGUAAACACUUUACCAAAAUCAACAGCAGCAGCAGCAGCAGCAGCAACAACAACAACAACAACAGCAACAGCAGCAGCAGCAGCAACAACAACAACAACAACAACAACAACAACAACAACAACAACAACAACAGCAGCAGCAGCAGCAACGAAAACAGCAACAGUAGUAACAACAGCACCAACAAUAGCAAUAACAACAGCAAUAGCAAUAACAACAACAGCAGCGUCAACAACAACUGUACCUCAUUUGUCUCCGCUGUCCAAACCCACGGAAUUGACGUCGAACAUGGCGACAGCAUCUCACCAACUUCGUUCCUUGCUGUCUUCUAUUCAAAGCAACCAUUCAUCACAAAAUUACACAACAGCUCAAGCUGCUAUUGUGACAAUGGUGUCUUCAGCGAUGUCAAAUAGUAAAUUGGGGGUCUCUUCUCCAUCAACUGUUUCAAACUCUCUUAAUCCUCAAACGAGCUUGAGUUUUCGACUCCAAACUGUGACAAGUCCAGCGUCAAUGAGCGUUAAAUCAUCAGCAGACACUACAACAACAUUUGCUCUCCAACUUAAAGACAACAGUGUUUUAUCUUUGGGAAAAACUACAGCUUCGGAAUUUACUAAGAUAUUAACAAGCACAAUUCAAUCUCAAUCGAUCAAUUUACCGGUAGUUACAACAGUACGGUCAACUAAUUCCGGAAUAUCAAUAACAUCAAACGCGAUGUUGAAUGCCAUGUUAUCAGUAACUCCGACAGUGAAACCUUCGAUAGCUGGUCAUCGUGCUAAUACUAUCCUGACGCAAACGAGCAAUUUAUUGAGCUCUGUAUUGCCUACGCCGUCGGUUCAACGUAACCAGAAUCUUCAAGCUAUUUUACAGGUAAGCUCGUCUCCGUCGCGAGUUAACACCGUGGCUUCUACAACUACGACCAAAACUACUCCACUGACAAGCUCUGCGACGAUAAAUGUCACCACUUCAAUUCUCCAGUCAACGUUGUCUCAAACAACAUUAUUACACUCACAGUUAACAUCAGGAUCGUCGAAUUUAUACAAGUCAACAGAAAUUCUGCCGAUUGAUAAAACCAACGAGGCUGAAAAUGUUCCCACGUCAACGGCAAAAGACGAUGAGAUUAAGACUCAUGAUUCUGAAAUGCCCAAGCAAAAUCAUCGAAUUGAAGAUUCAAAUGUAUUGUUAAAACAAUUGCUACAAAAUACCAGAUGUGCUACCACCAGUUUGGUGGCUAAUACCUCUUCAACGACAACCAUGCCAACUGCUCCAUCUCUAGAAGCACAAUUAGCUCGGCCUGUUGUUUCAACAGUGUCCUCUGGUUUGCUACCACAGCUCGUACAUAAAACUCCAACAAUAAAACCGCUUACCAAACAAUUAUUGACACGUGAAACGUCGUUUGUGUCCCAGCAAACGUCCUUGCCUCAAAAGACCCCGAGCCCGCCCAUAAAAGAAGAUCCACCUACUCCAAGAGUAACCACUCCAACGGCUGUACAAUCGUUGUCUCCAAGAGGAACUGUUGAUACCAAACAUAUUCAAUUAAAUACCUUGGGAAAAUUGACUACUAGCUUAUCAAGCGCUGUCACUCUGACAUCUUCAACUGUAACGGCAGCGAUUCCCGUAAAACCGAGUCAGAUUAAACUAGAGCCUGGAUUGAUUACCCACCAGGAAGUUACAAGUCAAUCUUCUCCGUUAAAACCCUCCUCUAUGAGCGAGUCAUCGUCAUCUUCGUCGUCUUCACAGUCGUCAUCCUCGUCGGUGAUUACCGGCCAAAAUCAGUCUCAGAUACGGAUUACGCAAGUACCGACGUCUUUUACAAAACUUGUUUCGACUUUAAGCAAGCCAGCAAUGACAUUAGCAGCUCCCCCGAAGACAGUUCAAGCUGCUACACCACAAGUGCCCAGUAAUAUUCAACAAUCAUCUCAGCCUUCUACACCAGUUGCUACUACACCACCACAAACGCCAUUGUCUACUACGCCGACACUUAUUUCUGCCCAAAAAUCUGUACCUGUUACUAUUCAACAAUCACAACUUAUGCAGCAACAACAACAAAUACAACCGCAGCAGCAACAGCUACAACAACCGCAACCUCAACCUCCACAACAGCAACCACCACCACAGCAGCAGUUGCAACAACAAUCACAACAACCUCAACAACAGCAGCAGUUGCAACAACAACAACAACAACAGCAACAGCAACAGCAACAAAAGCUAACUCAUCAACAAAUACAACCAACAGUGCCUCAGACGAUGACCCAAAACUUGAGUCAUCAAGUUCAUCUACCACAGGGUGCAAUUACGCAACACACAGUGCCUUUAGUGGAAGUUAAAAAAGAAAUUCUUGAUGAAGUAUUGUCUGGCAACAUUACACCACAAUUAUCUGAUACCAAAGACUUUCUUACUGCCAAAGAGGAGCUUAUGGAUGGUUCCAUUGACGAUAAGACCGAUCUUAGAAAAUUAAAAAGACGUCAGUAUCAGCAAAAACGUCGCCAGAGUCAAGGAAAAGAUGCAUCAACACCUCCGCAAAAGAAACGAUCCCGAAAAGUCUCUCGUCUAGACGAAGACUAUGAUACAUUUAUUGAAAAUUUAAUGAUUCAAUUGCGACAAUUGCAAGCAAUACCUGUUCUAGAGCCCUAUCUCGGACGAAACUACGGUGUUUGUCCCAUUUACGGUUCCGGUGACUUGUCGAAACUUUGCACUCAAAAAGACUACAACCCUCGAACUGGAGAUUUACUGGGAGUUUACGGUGCCGCGAGGCUUCCUGGGGUAUCAGAUCACUACAACACCCAGCCGUUUGGUGAAUUAGAGCCAUUACCACCUCCUCAGCCAGUUUCAACUCAGCGUGGAUUUUACGAUCAAGAAUUUCCACCUCUUAAAUUAGAGGACGCGAGUGAUAAAAAAGAUUGUUUGUCAUUGACCCGUGAUGUGGACACUCCCGACACUAUUGUAAGUUCUUCAUCUCCUGAGUGUGUGAUUCCCGAAUUUGUUCAUAAUUUUCCGGGGUUGAGAUUGAUUGACGACAACUCUGACGAAGAAUCUGACUGGCUGAAACGCGUUUCACCUGUUAUUCCAAUAAUUUCGCCAAUUCCCAUCAGAUUAAAGACUCCAGCAACAAUGGCAGCGGAACUAGCAGCAGUAAGAGCAACAACAACGGCUAUUAAUACCUCAGUGACAACUACACCCGCAGUGACAGUAGCUGCUGCCGCUGCUGCUGUUAUAAAAGACACUGCUAAGCAGGAUAAAGAAAAUCUCGGAAUCACACGAAUCGGUAAAUCACCACCAGUGGCCUUACGAGAAAACAGCAAUGUUACAGUAACGCUGACACUCAAUAGUCAAGCAGCUGAUGAUAUUAUGGGAGUUUUGAAAGAUCUUGCAAAUAUAUUAAAUAUAUCACCGCCCAAUGGGUACCAAGUCGUUGAACGUACCACGACACCACCAAGUCAAAAAUUAGGGCUCUAUCGAACUAAGGGCAAGGAUGGUAAAGAAGGAGCUCCUGUUGAUAUUCAGAGUAUACUCAAUGGUGCGGCUAAAUUUUGCCGUCAUUGUGAUGUUGUUAUUUUAAAUAGUCUUAUUCGUAAAAAAGUAUCUGAAUUACCAUUUUUAAGUAAAGAUGAAGCUGAACCUGGUGAUGAACUAUGCUUCUGUUCUGUUAGUUGUUAUAUGCAAUUUGCUCUGAUACAUCGUACACCUAUCACUACUCAAGGAAAAGCUGCGACAAUUGUUGAUCAUCUGGGUCAAAAAACCGACUCCAAGUUACUUGACAGUGCUUUAAAGAAAAAACUUGAAGAGAAAAAACUAAUAGAAAAACAAAUGCUAAAUUUAGCGGAAAUUAACAUGGAGCCGAUGGACAUUUGCAAUGUCAUUAAAAUAAAAACCGAGAAAGAGGACCUAGACCUUCAUGACCACAUAAAGCAAGAACUUGUCGACAAGCGACCAAAGAAACAUCCCGCAGAUCUUCCAACUGACCUCGAGUUUGAACCACCCUUAAAACUGCUUCGGGGUACAAAAUACAAGGUUUGGAGUAUGGGUGUCCUCCAGCCGACGAAAAAAUACAAAAAGCCUUCAGACAAAGACAUAACCGACCUGCUGUUCCGGAUGGCUGUGACAGUGAACCCUGCGAAGAACGAGGACAGUAGACGUUGUAUGUUUUGUCAAAAUCAAGGAGACGGCGCUGCUGAUGGUCCUGCGCGGCUCUUGAAUUUUGACGUAGACAAGUGGGUCCACUUGAACUGCGCGCUCUGGUCUGAGGAUGUUUAUGAGACAGUAAACGGGGCUCUGAUGAAUUUGGACACUGCUUUACAACAUAGUCUCGCAAUGAAUUGCAUCGUAUGCGAGAAACCCGGAGCUACUGUAAAGUGUUUCAAGAUGCGUUGCACCAAUGUCUACCAUUUGGGUUGCGCUGAAAAGGCUGGUUGCGUUUUUUACAAAAAUAAAAGUACUUUUUGUUCCCAGCAUGUUCAGAAAAAUGAAAAAGACAACGAAUUAACAACUUUGUCAGUCUACCGACGGGUUUACGUUAAUCGGGAUGAAAAUCGACAAGUUGCCGCAGUAAUGCAUCACACCGAGCGCAAUCACCUUUUACGAGUCGGUAGUUUAAUUUUUUUGAACGUCGGACAACUUUUACCUCAUCAACUCCCGAAUUUUCACACUCCGCAUUAUAUUUAUCCCGUGGGCUAUAAAAUUGUCAGGUUUUAUUGGAGUAUGCGUCAACCUAACAAGCGGUGUCGAUACGUCUGUUCUAUUCACGACAAAGACGGACUCCCAGAAUUUCGGAUUCUUGUCCAGGAGUCCUCUCACGAAGACAGCGAGUAUGUCGGUAAAACUCCAAGAGCAGCUUGGGAACACAUUUUAGAACCACUUUCUAAAUUAAGAGAAUCCACCAACAGCAUCAAAUUGUUCCCACUGUAUGUCUCCGGAGAAGACCUCUUUGGCCUGACAGAGCCGGCUAUCGUCAGAGUCUUGGAGAAUUUACCUGGAGUUGACACCCUGACUGAUUAUAAUUUCAAGUAUGGAAGGAACCCUUUGUUGGAGCUACCUCUGGCGGUGAAUCCCAGUGGAAGUGCCAGGACUGAGCCGAGAUUGAGGAACCAACUGCCUUGGAAGAGACCACACACCCAGAGGACUGGCUCCACCGCAAGGGCAACCUUCUCACCAACAAAUACUGUCGCCGGCGAAACAACUUGUCCUUACUCGAAACAGUUUGUUCACUCUAAGAGCUCACAGUACAAAAAAAUGAAACAAGACUGGAGAAAUAAUGUUUAUUUAGCGAGAAGUAAGAUCCAGGGGCUGGGGCUUUAUGCUGCUAGAGAUUUGGAGAAACAUCAGAUGGUUAUUGAAUAUAUCGGAGAGAUUAUUAGGACUGAAUUGGCUGAAACAAGAGAAAAACAAUAUGAAGAUAGGAAUCGAGGAAUUUACAUGUUUCGUUUGGAUGAAGAACGAGUUGUUGAUGCAACCCUGUGUGGUGGAUUGGCACGUUAUAUCAAUCACUCGUGUAAUCCCAAUUGUAUUGCUGAAAUCGUUGAAGUUGAACGUGAUCUUAGAAUAAUUAUUUUUGCUAAAAGAAGAAUUUCACGUGGUGAAGAGUUGGCAUAUGAUUAUAAAUUUGAUAUUGAAGACGACCAACAUAAAAUUGCUUGCGCAUGUGGAGCACCAAACUGCCGUAAGUGGAUGAACUAAAUGAAUAUUAAAUCAUGUCGAUCCACGUUGUUAUUGUUGCUACGUUAUUGGGUAAAUUUUUUCAAUUAAAAGAUUAAUAAAUAAAUAAAGAAAAAAUUUUUAAAAAUAAAGAUAUUGAAAAAAAAAGAAAUAUAAAUUCUA